GACGAUGCCUUUAGCUCGAGCUUGGGGCUUCUUCUUCUUCUUCGCAUUUUCUCUGUAGUUCAGGCUUCGCUCGAGAUCUCUUCGCGGGGCAAGAUCACCAGCCAGCGAAAGGGCCUCAGCUCCUCCCAUUUGCUGGUGGGCAAACUGUUAAUCACGUCUUCGAGUUGUCUGGAAGAAUGGAUGUAGGGUGAAGCAAAUCUGGAGAAACAGACUUUCAUAUGCUAAAGAUGAAAAGUAGAGGAAGCACCAGUGGAGGAUUAGGAGGAUGAGUGGAGGAGGAGAGAAAGGCUCGACCACCACGAAAACCCCCGCAGAUUUCCUGAAAUCUAUCCGUGGGAGACCGGUCGUCGUCAAAUUGAAUUCUGGUGUCGAUUAUCGAGGUAUUCUGGCUUGCCUAGAUGGAUAUAUGAACAUAGCAAUGGAACAGACGGAAGAGUACGUCAAUGGGCAGCUGAAAAACAAUUAUGGAGAUGCUUUUAUUCGAGGAAAUAAUGUUCUGUACAUCAGCACUUCAAAGCGGACUCUGGCAGAUGGAAUUUAGCAUUGAUUGUGCUACUUAAUGUGGCGUGAUGGAGUUAUGUGGUCAUAACUUUUGAUGGGUGCAUUCUUGGUUGCGGGUCAUUGUGGCUCUAGAAUUGGGGAAAGUGAACAUAUUCUGAAUUUUGGAGCUGAUUUGUAAUUCUUACUGAUAAUCCUGCAUCUCGUGAAAUUGUUUUGUGAAUUGCUUGAUGAGCAUUGGUAAUGCCUAUGCCCAUCAAAUGGGCAGGUUGGAUUGGGUUCAAAAAAUGGUCCAGCCUUAA